AUGGCUUCAACAAAAAUAAACCCAUUAACAACAACAAUCUACAAAUCCCAAAACCAAAUCAAAUUUGUAAUAUCAGAUUCCAUAAACCCUAAACCCAACACAACACAGCUUCCUAGUAAUAAUCUCUACAGUGUUAGUUUCAAGACUAUUGGUACAGGUAAGCUUGGCAUCUCCAGAUAUCCCGAUUUCGAAUACUCUCCUCGUGGAGGCUCCGGCACCGGAACCGCCCGGGAAAUCUCCGACGACGGCGACGAAAACAGAGCAUCAAACUCCGAAUUGUCUGUUUCUUUCGAUGUGGGCACUCUCUAUAUUCCUUCUCUCACUAACCAAACCACGAAAUUCCUCGGCUUUCCAUUGCCACCGUUUCUGAAAAUCGAUAUAUCGCCGGAGGUUUUCGAAGGAACGAUCGACCCAGAAUCCGGAAAGGUACAAACUUUUCAAUGA